AUGAGAUGCUCUGAAAGUAGAGACUGGAAGGCCGUGGCCCUUGCCACUGUGGACCAGGGCCAGGGCUUGCGAGACUCCUGCACCUGUGCCACAGCCGUCCUGCAGCAGCUGUGGUCAGAACAGUGUUGUGGGAGAAGCCAGACUGGUCUCUACCAACAUGACCACCUCAGGAGAGAACAGGCUGGAGGUAAGUGCACACAAACAGCUUUACCCUCCCAGGGGGCCGGGUGUGGGCUGGAGCAGGCAGCACCAACAUGGUCUGGGUCUUAA